AUGGGAUUCAAGGUCGUCAUCGUGGGCGGCAGCAUUGCUGGCCUUUCGGUGGCUAACAUGCUAGAAAAGUUCGAUAUCGAGUAUGUCCUCCUGGAAGCCUACCCACGAAUAGCUCCUCAGGUUGGCGCCAGCAUCGGCCUCCUACCCAGUGGUUUCCGUAUCCUAGAUCAACUGGGCUGCUAUGAAGCCGUCCUCGAUGUUGCCGGAAAAUGCCGCGAUAUUUAUGGCAGUGUACACGGCCCCGACGGCACCCCUGUUAGUGCUCCUACACACACGAGCACAGCGACCCAUUUCGUCAAAAGAAUCAGCUAUCCGUCCGUUUUCAUCGACAGGCAGAUGCUCCUGCAGAUCUUGUAUGGCAACAUCAAGCACAAAGAUCGAAUUUUGACCGAUAAGCGUGUCUCCCAUGUUGACCUUAUGCAAAAUGGGGUCCGAGCCCGAACUGAAGACGGCUCUAUAUAUGAGGGUGACAUUAUUGUGGGCGCAGAUGGCAUUCACAGCGUUAUAAGAGACGAGAUGUGGCGACUUGGAAAGGAGCAGAGCCCCGGAUGUAUAUUCGGUAUCUCCAACCGUCCCCCAGCCUAUGGCAAGCAGACCCAACAUCUCGUACUCGGCUACGGCCAUGCAUAUGUCAUUGUGGCGGCGCCGGGAGACCGGACAUACUGGUUCCUCUUUGAUGGCUUGCCGCACACCGAGUACGGCGAGAAUAUUUCCAAGUACACAAAAGCCGACGAGGACAAGCUUGCUGAUGAGCACCGUGACGAUCGUAUAACCAAUGAUGUCACCUUUGGCGAUCUGUACGACAGGAAAAUCAUUUCCACACUCUUGCCGCUGGAAGAAUACGUGUUUGAGCGCUGGCAUUAUAAGAGAAUCAUCACCAUUGGUGAUUCUGCUCACAAGAUUGAUCCUGCUUCCGGCCAAGGUGGCAACGGAGCCAUAGAAUCCGCCGCACUUCUUACCAAUGCCCUAGUUCGUCAGCUCAAUUUGACGCCGGAUGGUCUCUCCAGUGAUCAGGUCAAUGAUGCUCUAUCAGAGGUACACGCCAACCGCUACGAACGAGCCAAGCGGUUGGUUGACGGGGCUCACACGCUCCAGCAAAUUGUCAGCUAUCGGUUCCCCCUGAGCCGUUAUGUCCUUGCGCAUAUUGUUCCGCUACUGGGAAAGGAGGCCUUUGUUGAUGUCGUCACGCCAAUCUGUGCCGAGGCCUCAAAGAUUGAAGGGUUGCCCGUUCCGUAUAGGCCCCACUGCGUCCCAUGGGAGGACGAGCUGCCGGCGAAGCCCGUCAAGAGUAUCCUUGCUACUCGUUCUGUUUGGGCGCUUUCAUCCGGGUCCCUCGGGUACCUGCUAUCUUCGAACCUUUCCAGGACGAGAGUUAACCCGCUCAUCUAUACCCUCAUUGGUCCGAAUGCAGCAAUACCAUAUUUCUGCUUGUCCUCGGUGCUCUUCUCUACCAAGUCGACAACGUCCAGGCCUGUCAAGUCAGACAUCGCUCGGUCUAUAAUUCCCGGAGUCCUUCUGGGAUACGUGGUGCCGACAAUCACGGCGCUGAUUCCAUUCCGUAACAUCAGCAUGAGGCGUCAUACGGCAAACGUCUGGCAGGCAUUUCCUGUGCUCACCAUGGCCUUCACCACAGGGCUCGCCGCCAUUCGCCGCAGGAUUGCUGGAAAUGUGACCCGCCCAGAGUAUGAGGGCAAGACUGACAGCGAAGGCAAUCCGGUAGAUCCAGCCGCCGUCGAAUCCGAUCUCUGGAUAUACACUGAUGACGAUGUGGUUCCUCUUGAGCGCACACAUGCUUUCGGCCUCAUCCUUUGUGUGGCUGUCCCAAUCCUAACUAGGGUUACGUCAUCCUUCACCUCUAGUAUCUUCAAUAACUGGACACAAACAGGCGUGUCCCGAGUACUACCCCUUAGUGCCACGGCAUCUGUCACUGGUGCGGCCUCCGGCAUUAUUUAUUCGCUGUACAGUGCUUGGGAGCUGCGCUCGCUCGGCUUUGUGGGAACGGGUGAGGCCAUGUUGGGCGGUGUGGCCUCGGUAGUUUCUCUGGGUCUGGCUGGCCCUGGCGCUGCCAUUGCGACGGUUUCUUAUUGGAGGGAGCGUGCUAUUUCUAGCUUGAGCUCAUGA